AUGAUAUUUGUCUUACUAUUAUCUGGUAGUACUUUAUCUGAUGAUAGCCUGCUUGCUUCUAUUAAUUUGAGGUUACUUGGUUUCUUGAACUUUGAGUCUGGUAGUACUUUGUCUGACAAUAGUUUAGGGCCUAAGAAUGUUUUACCUAGUGCUGCUGUGAGUUCUGUAACUAAAGAUUUUUUGCUUGAUAAUAUGAAUUCUGGAUCUAUUGAUAUUUCACCUAGUGCAAUGUAUUCCAAGUCUGUUGAUGAUGCUAUGUGUUCUGGAUCUGUAGAUGCUUCACCUGGUGCUAUGUAUUCUGAAUCUGUAGAUGUUUCACCUGGUGCUGUGUGUUUCAGGUCUGAAGAUAUUUCAUUUGGUGCUAUGUGUUCUGAAUCUAUUAAGGACUCUUUUGCUGAUUGGGAUGCUGUACAAUGUGCUGUUGAUAUUUAUUCAAAGCAAUGUGGAUUUAUAGCUGUUAAGUUCUAUAAGGAUCUUGAUGCAGUUGACAAAACUAUUAUUCGACGUCAUGAUUAUUUUGAAGAAUCUGAUAUUGAGAUUAAUGAUAUAAUUAAACAUCUAUAUGAUAUACUUCAAAUUGGAUUACAGGAGCUCUUAUCUAAUGUAUCAAGUAGAGAAAUACAAGAAAUUUGGGAACUCCAAAAUGACAGCUCCAAACUGACUCCAAGGAUGACUUUGACAAAAUAA